UUUUUAAUUCAAAUUCAAAAGGCGGCAAAAGUGGGCGUCAAUCCGGAGGCCUACAAAAAGUUUAGCGAAAGUCAAAUCGGAUACAUAUUAGGCGAUACGGGCAGGAGUUUUGUGGUGGGCGUAGGGGUCAACCCACCCGUCCAUCCCCAUCACAGAGCGUCGUCGUGCCCGAAUGAGCCGGUAUUAUGCGACUACUCAGCCAUGACUAACCCGGGACCCAAUCCCCACAUACUUACAGGCGCCGUGGUUGGCGGACCCGAUAAGAGCGAUGCCUACGCAGAUAAACGGGACGAUUACGUGCACAACGAGGUGGCCAUGGAUUAUAACGCCGCCUUUCAGGGCACGUUGGCUGCGCUCCUACACCUCAACGCAAAAUUUAAUGGCAAACCCAUAGAUAUCGGACCGGUAGCCACUGUAUGGCCCAUAACCGUAUCGCCUGUCGGCCCAAAAGGCAACUACAACUACGGGGCUGUCAUCCACGCCUCCCUACUCUUCUAUGAGGCCCAGAGGUCCGGUAAAUUACCCGCUAAUAAGAGGGUUCACUGGAGGGGUGACUCUAUGCUUGACGAUGGGAAAGACGUGGGAAAGGACCUGACGGGCGGUUACUUCGAUGCCGGAGAUCUGGUGAAGUUUGGUUUCCCGAUGGCCUUCACAAUGACUGUCCUCUCCUGGAGUCUCGUCGACUACGAGGACGCCUACGAAAAGGCCGGGGAGUUGGAGAAUGUGCGCAAUGCUAUCAAAUGGGGGACAGACUACUUCUUGAAAUGCCACACAAGCGAUACUGAAUUCUACGGACAGGUAGGCAAUGGUAAUGAGGAUCACGCCGUGUGGGGUCGACCUGAGGACUGGCCUAAAACUAAGAAAAUUAGGCCCGCAUAUAAAGUGACCUCUGCACACGGAGGUAGUGAAUUGACUGGCGAGACAUCGGCAGCUCUGACCGCCGCCUCCCUGGCCUUCGCGAAGUCUGAUCCGACAUAUUCAGCGACACUCCUAACUCACGCCAAGUCUUUGUACGCAUUUGCCGACAAAUACCGGGCUAACUAUACCAUAGAAAUACCGGACGUCAAGAGU